AUGCAAAAUUUAAACCGCAAGAGAAGUGCAGUAUGGAAUCAUUUUAGUAUUGAGUCCCUUACUAUUGCUAAAUGUUCUUAUUGUAAGGAAGGUGUUAGUUAUAGUGGUGGGUCAACGAGUAACCUAAUGCGCCAUCUAAAAACUAAACAUGUAACUGUGCCACUUAAAAGACCACUGCUAGUAAAUGAUGACAACAUUGAUGACCCAUCGGACCCCGACAUGCCAGCGUCUACAAGUGCCUCUGUAAGUACAGGUUCGUCGAGAGUAGUUUCUGAAGCAGCAGGGCCAUCAGCAUCAAAUCUACCUAAACAAAGUGCCAUCACACAGUAUAUAAGUAAACCAAUUUCUCUCACAAAAUCAAAAGCUAUAGACUUACAGAUCACUAAAUUUAUCGUCAAACAUUUUCAUCCUUUUUCAUUGGUAGAAGAAACAGAAUUCCGUAAUCUGAUUAAGAUGCUUGCACCAAAUUACGUUGUACCUUCUAGAAAAACGAUAUCAAACAGUUUACUAAUACAAAUGUACGAAAGUGUUCUUGAUAAAGUUAAAACUGACCUACACGAUGUGACUGCCUUAUCUUUGACCACAGAUGGUUGGACAUCCAUCAACAACCAACAUUAUAUAGCCUUAACCGUCCAUUUUUUAAAUUCUGAGACUAAAUUGUGUUCUAGACUAAUUGGUUGUAUCAACUAUAAUGAGCAGUGUACGUCAGUUGAACUUGCCAAGUUUUUGAUGGCUACUGUUAAAGCAUGGAACAUUGAACAUAAAAUAUCAGCAGUUGUCACAGAUAAUGCUGCAAAUAUAGUUGGUGCUGUAAAGAAAAAUAAUUGGAGACAUGUCCCAUGCUUUGCUCAUGUCCUUAAUAUCGGCAUUCAGCGUGGUCUGACACAUUUGAAAACUGUCAUGACUAAAAUAAAAAAUGUAGUUGAAUUUUUCAAGCAAAGUUCUGGAGCUCUGCAUAAAUUACAGAACCAUCAAAAACAAAUGGGAUUACCAGAUCUUAAGCUGAUUCAGGAGUGCAAAACACGUUGGAAUUCAGCAUAUCACAUGAUGGAAAGGAUACUCAAGUUGAAAGAACCCGUGUUGUCAACAUUAGCCAUAACCAACAAUGAUUUAAAUUGCAUUACUGAGGAGGAAUGGCAAAUGGUAUCUACUGCGUGUGAGUUUCUGAAAAUUUUUGAUGAAUUAACAACUGAGAUGAGUGCUGAAAAUGUUGUUACCAUCUCAAAACAAAAUUUAUUUUAUUUGUUUUUACUGGAGCAUUUGCGUAAAUUUAUUUUUGACAUCAACAUGCACCGUGACAUAAUUUCAAUGGCUGCAGAAAUAAAGGCAACAUUGAAUAAAUACUUCAAAAACAUAGAAGAUAACGACGUUCAAUCCCAAGCAAUUUUACUCGACCCACGUUUUAAAAAGUAUGGAUUUUCCAGUAAUAACAAAUUUGAAACGUGUAAAGUAAGCUUGGGAAGGAAACUACAGGAAAUAAGUGUUCAAAAUAUAUCAAACGAACCUAUCGAAGAACUUCCAACUACUUCUACUGUACAAAGUUCGACAAGUAUUUGGAAACAGUUUGAUGAACAAGUCAGUUCGGUUCUUGGUCAAAAUAAUCCAUCUGUGGCAAGCAUUGUAGAGUUGGACAAAUAUUUGAGUGAAAAUCUCUUAAAUCGUCAACUGGAUCCUUUGAAGUGGUGGUCUGAGAGAAAGCUUUUAUACCCCAGAUUGUUUGAAAUGGUUAAAAGACGACUUUGUGUACCAGCAACAUCCGUUCCUAGUGAACGAGUUUUUUCAAAAGCUGGUAUGAUUCUUAAUAGCAAAAGAACCAGACUGACAACUGAAAAAGUAGAAAAAAUUAUAUUUAUACAAUCAAACAUGUAA